CGCAGAUUUGCACACAGGCAGACUAACUAAGAGCUUGAUCACAACUGCUAGGCUAUGAAGAGAGCGUACAUCUGAAGCAGGCUCAGGAUGAGGUAUUCCCUGCACUCCCUUUGGAGGGCCAAUUUGCUCCUCUGUCUGGCUUUACUUGUGCAUCAUGGUGAAGCCGCGGUUCUCACUGAGGCACAGGCUGGACCUCUGUAUCGCGUCGUUGGCUCUGAGCUCUCCAUCUCCUGCCGUGUAAGUGGCUUCAUCGAUGAAGCCGCCACAAAACAUUUUGAAUACCGUGUUUUUAAGCCUGCAAAGCCAAAUUUCGAGCUCAACAUCAUCAGCACCCAGGACCCAAGUUUUGGCUAUGCUGUUUAUCAAGAACGUGUAAUGCAAGACGAAAUCGCUCUGGAACGUACAUCUCUAAACUCAGUCAAGUUUAAGAUACAAAGCCUACGGAAAGAUGAUGAAGGGGACUAUGAAUGCACUGCAGUUAACUUAGAAAGUGGCUAUUAUGGAGUCUACAGUGUUAAGACAACUGUUAAAGUGAUUGACAACUCCCUGAGUGUUUCUUCACCUGACUCCACCUCACUGAGUUUUAACGAGGGUGAAGCUCUCACUUUAACUUGCCAAGCCGUCAGUACCACCAUCCAGCACACCCAUCUGUCCUUUGCCUGGUACCUCCAUAAAGAUGGAGAGUCCACCGCUCAACCUAUCAUUUCUCUGGACAAAGACUUCACACUGAAGCCAGGGCCGGGGUUUGGAGAGCGUUACCAAGCAGGACUCAUAAGCUUAGAUAAAUUGGGAGAAACCUCGUACAGGCUAAAGAUGGCUCAGCUUGAGGUGUCAGACCAAGGUAAGAUCUACUGCCAGGCUCAGGAGUGGAUCCAAGACCCUGAUCGCUCCUGGUACUCCAUCGCACAGAAGGAAGCCGAGAAAAUUACCCUGAAAGUCAAAGCCAGAGAAGUGGUGCCAGACACGACGUCUCUUGUGGUAAAAAUGUCGGCCCAGCAGACAACCCUGCAGGAGGGGCAGGAGCUGAUGCUGUCCUGCAGCAUAGACACACAGAACUUGGAGGAAAGGUUCUUCUCUGUGGCUUUUCUUCGGGGAACUGUUGAGUUGGCCCGCCUCGGCCCGACAGGUGUUCUGUCUGUUGGGCCAGAAUACAGCAGUCGAGAGAAAGAAGGGGACCUCAGAGCCACCCGUAUAGGGAACAGAGAUUACCGUCUCAUCUUACAGCCUGUCAGAACCACUGACCAGGGGAAGUAUGUUUGCAGAGCACAGCCUCAGAACAGAGGCCAGGAUGGUGCCUUUACACAGGGAGCUUCCCAGGACUCCAACUCCCAGCUGGUCAGCAUUUCAGCCCCAGAAAGUGGACUCUCAGUCAAAAUGCAAGGCGCUGUAAAUGUCACCGAAGGGGAUAUGCUGAGACUCUCCUGUAAAGUGGAUGGGGUUAAAGGUCAGCUCUCUGUCACCUGGCAACGCAAAUCAUCAUCCACACCAUCGGCGCCGUUCACCAGUCUCAUCAGUCUGAGUCAGGAGGGCGUUGUGGAGAAAGCGGAGGAGUUCAUGAGUCGCAAAGUAAGAUCGCUGCGUCCAGCAACGGACAACUUCAUCUUGGAGCUUGAUAAGGUCACACCCUCCGAUUCAGGUGUCUACCAGUGUGCUGUGUCUGAAUGGAAGGCCAACAGCAAGAUUUACAGCCAGUCACAAGCUGCUUCUGUGGCAGUGACCCCCAUAGAGUCGAUGGUGAAAGUGUAUCUGAUAAGUCGGAGCAACAAAGCAACUGUAGGAGAAAAUGUGGAGUUGAUGUGCAGAGUCAAAGGGCCGCGCAUGCCAAUAACGCUGGCUUGGAGCCUGCAACGUGAUGCCUCCAAUGUUGAUAACAUCGUAACACUGUACUCCGACGGUGCCAUCAGUUGGUUUGGAAACCAAGACCGCUACCAAUUGAAAGUACAAAGCAAUUCAAAUGAAGUUGUUCACUAUCUGCAAAUCAUCGGUGCCAGCCAUAGAGAGGAAGGGAGCUACCAGUGCUCGGUGUCUAUUGUCUACGAGAAUGUACUCAAGAAGCUGAAUCCAUCCAAUCCACUGGCUGUGAAGGUGCUGAACCCAGAAAGCAAGCUUACUCUGUCCUCCAGCCCCACCUUGACUGCAAAUAUCAACACUGACACGGAAAUAAAAUGCUCAGUUGUCUCAAAUUCCUCUUCAUCUUCUCACUAUUCUGUCACCUGGCUGCUCCAGCAAGAAGCAGAAAAUAAGACCAUUGUGAGCUCAGACAGGAAUGCCUUAGUGACAUUUGGACCCAAGGUGGAGCUGAGCCACAGACAGCGCAUCAGCAUGAGGCGUUCUAAAGGACCGAGCUUUGAGUUGACCAUUCGCCAGGCUAGAAUCUCAGACAAAGGUUCAUACAUAUGUGAGGUGGUGGAGUGGCUACAAGAUCCUCGUGGUGAUUGGUAUAAAGUGUCCAAAGUGUCCAAAACUACAAAGCUAACAGUUACUGAGCCUGCCAAUGACCUUCGUUUAAAUAAGACUGAGCCGCCGUUGGUUUACCGUGAAGGAGAUGACGUAGAGCUCAAAUGUAACAUUAUCUCAGGUGCAUCCAGCGCUUCCUUUUUCUACAAAGUCACUUGGUUCUACACUGUGCACAGUUCUUCCACCACGAAUACCUCUCUGGUCGAGCUGGACCACACAGGCCUGCUGAGUUACCCAGAGAACAAAGAACUCAGAGGCCUGCAAGCACGACUUUGUCUCCUCAGACCCACUAAGAGUAGCUUCUACCUAACAAUUCAGAGGGCCCAUGAAGGGGACAGCGGGGCCUACUGGUGCCAAGUGGAGCAAUACCAGCUGGAUAAUGAAGGUCGCUGGCAGCAAAAGGCCUCUGACAGUGCUGGCCCCAUCUCAUUAAAUGUAACUGUUGCAGAGAAAAGUCUGUCCAUUGCAAAGGAAGAAGUGGAGUUGAAUCUAAGCAUAUCUGAGGAUUUCACAAUCCCUUGUCACAUCGACAAACAAUCUAGCAACGAAUCAAAAUUCCAGGUCACGUGGUUUUGGCAGAAAGCAACAGAAACUACACAACGCCCCAUAUUCACAGUUUACCGAAACUCUACCCUACAAGACUGGUUUGAGAAGGAUGUUCAGCUAAGAUUUAGCCACCCUGUAACUGGUCGGUUCAACCUUGCAGUCCUGAAGUCUGGUCCUGAAAAUAGUGGCUUAUAUUUCUGUGAGGUAGAGGAGUGGAUCCCAUCACCGCCUCAUGAGUGGAGAAAGUUUGCAGUGGAAAGGUCAGGGAACAUGACUGUCAGCGUUAUUACAGAAGGAAAUGUUCAAGCCCUGUCCGGAUGCAAUUCUAGUACCUGGAUAGGGAUUACAGUAGUGAUUGUAAUCGUCUCACUUUUGGUCAUAAUAUUCCUGGUGCUGAUGAUACGCAAGAGUAAGGUCUCAGGAGGAAAGAAGGCGAAAGAGUCUCUCUGGGCUGAACAGUCUCUGACAGCCAAACCCAGUGUAGAAGACUGAACGUCCGACUUCAAGGAGAGCAGAGGAAAAUCCUACUGUAUUUUUUAUGCAGUUUAUGAAAAAAAUGUUUUAGAAUUGUAAAAGUUGCACUGUGCAUUUAUUUUAUUUUUUUAAAUCAGAGUUCAAGAACUCUUAUUAAUGACUCUUUUUGUAAUGUUCCAUAAAAAUAGUUUAAAUGUGUUACUUUCUGUGAAGCUGGGAAUAAUUUUUGCCUUCAUGAAUUACUGAAAUUCAUUACAGCUUUGAAAUUAAACAGGCACUUUUCAUUUUGCAGCUAAAACUUCUUUGCAUAAUCGCCAGCUUUUUACUGCCUGCAAUGGACAGUCGAGCUCGGCAGCAGAUCAACGCUGUGGCUUAACACCUACAAAGAAACAUACUCUUAUUACUGACAGAUUCCUUUUCAUGUAGCAACAGACAGAGCAGCCAGGUACUUUGUCUUUGAUAGGGAGAAGUCAAAGCAUAGCAUGUCUGUGGGAGCGGCUCAAUCCGAAAUGCGGCAAGAUGACGACCUUUUCUCCAUAAGACAGCUAUGAAUCAAGCAGGAAGUGUGCUGUGGUUGGGCGCAGGACAGUUGCAAAUGUGGUCUGCAGAUCUGCUGAACAGCACUUGUGACAUUUGUACAGACAGAUUCGCUUUGUGAAGAGGAUGCAGUCAUGUAGUGGAAGUUACAAUCUGUUAAUGCAGGCAUUAUUUUUUGCUGUCAUGACAUAAUUUUCUUGUUGAAGCUCAGACAGUGUUUGUGAUGACGAGCACACGUCUCAUUUACAUAUGAUUCUGGAUACACAGUUUCAAUUAUACAUGAGACAUGAAAGAUGUUUGUGCAGUAGUGUGCUUCAGGGACUAUGUGUGUGUGUGUGUGUGCGUGUGUGUAUGUGUGUGUGUGUGUGGACAUAAAGUUCAUAUGUAAUACAACUCUGGAACUUUGCCGUGGCUCGACUCCAGCAUAUUUGAUUUGAAAUGCAACAAUAACUGUAAAAUUGAGUGUCAUGGCUGUUCACAUCCACAAUGAUUGAACAAUGCACAUUUUGCAGUGUUUUGACAUCCUAAAAACCAGAUUAAAGGUCUUCAGGAUGUAAAAACUAAAGGUAAAGACCAGCAAAGAUACCAAAAAAUCUAUUAAUAUCCAUGAGUCGUACACAUCACACAGACGUGACUUGUGAAUGAUUUGCAAUCAUAGAAAGUGUUAUAAUUACCAUCAGCAGUGUAACUUGAUCGCCCAGUGGUCAAAAAUAAAAAUGUGUCUCUGUCCAAAUAAA